AUGGCUCCCGCAGCAGUUGAAGCUCCAGCUAUUAUUCAUGACCUGCCCAUAAAGACCAAGGCCCAGCAGCCUGUCGCCCUUGCUGGCACCUUGGAUCAAUAUGAGUCUUUCGACAUCACUCCAGUCAUCGGCCGUGAAUUCCCCAAGGCCAAUCUUGUAGAGUGGCUGAACGCUCCCAACUCCGAUGAACUCAUUCGUGACCUCGCUGUCACUAUCUCACAGCGUGGUGUCGUCUUCUUCCGCGCCCAAGACAACCUCACCAAUGACCUCCAGAAGGAGCUGAUUCUUCGCCUUGGCAGAUUGACCGGACGUCCUGCUACAUCUAGCUUGCACAUUCACCCUGUUUUGAACAACGAACGAGAGCUUGGCGGCACUGAUCCCGAGAUUAGCACCAUCAGCUCAGUUCAAUUCGACAAGUUCUACAAGCAGACUGGUCCAGGAGAGCUCAGCCCCAAGAAGCAAAAGGCCGCCAGCUGGCACAGCGAUAUCGCCUUUGAGCCUGCCCCAGCUGACUACACUUCUCUUCGCCUGACUAAACUUCCACCAACUGGAGGCGAUACCCUUUGGGCUUCUGGCUACGAAAUCUAUGACCGCAUUAGCGAGCCUUAUCAAAAGUUCCUCGAGUCUCUGACUGCUACCUUCCAAACACCCUCAUUCAACGAAAUCGCUGCACGUGGUGGCUUUGAGCUGUACACCAAGCCUCGCGGUGCCCCCGAAAACAUUGGCUCAGAGCUCAAGGCUAUUCACCCCGUUGUGCGAACCAACCCCGUCACAGGAUGGAAGAGCAUCUUCCCUGUUGGCGGCCAUGUCAAGCACAUCAACGGAGUGACUGAAGAUGAGAGCAACAGACUGCGCCAGUGGUUCUUGGACCUUGUCCAUGAUGGCCAUGAUCUGCAAGUGCGAUUCCGCUGGCAGAACCCCAACGACAUUGCUAUCUGGGAUAACCGGAGCGUGUUCCACACUGCUACAUACGAUUACACAGGCUUGGGCGAGCGCUUUGGCAACCGAGCUGUUGGUGUAGGCGAGAGACCCUACUUUGACCCCAACAGCACUUCCCGCCGGGAGGCUUUGAGCAAACAAACUUAA